AUGGCUCCGAUCGCGGCCAGCCGGCAUCAGUUCGAUGAAAUUUCUACAGUGGCUGGGAUCUUUAGUGCAUUUGGCCUUGUCUUCUCUGUCUCCCUUUUUGCUUGGAUCUGCUGUCAACGUAAAUCUUCCAAAUCCAAUAAGACCCCUCCAUAUAAGUUUGUCCAUGUUCUGAAGGGGGUUGAUAUUUACCCUGAGAAUCUCAACAGUAAGAAGUUUGGAGUAGAUGAUAAAAGUGAAGCAAAUAACAAAUCAGCGAUGCCAAAGAAUUCUCUCCAUCUUGAUCUGGAGAAGAGAGAUCUAAAUGGCAACUUCCCCAAAACAACACCCAAAAUCCAGAGCUCUCCAGAUCUUGAAAAUUCAUCUCCUAAGCACUUUGCAGAAAGGAAGAAAGAUUCAGUAUCUCCUGAUAGUUUAAAAUCCAUCACUUCCCUGUCAUCUGAAGAUAAACAAGAGAAGCUAGGAACUCUUUUUUUCUCCUUAGUGUACAACUUUAAGAAAAAGGCAUUUGUAGUGAACAUCAAAGAAGCAUGUGGGCUGCCAGCAAUGGACGAACAGUCAAUGACUUCUGAUCCCUACAUCAAAAUGACAAUCCUGCCUGAGAAAAAGCACAAGGUGAAAACCAGAGUGCUGAGAAAAACCUUAGAUCCAGCUUUCAAUGAGACCUUCACAUUUUAUGGAAUCCCCUACAACCAAAUUCAGGACUUAACACUUCACUUUAUGAUCCUGAGCUUUGACAGGUUUUCCAGAGAUGAUGUCAUUGGAGAAGUACUCAUUCCCCUCGCAGGAACUGAACUGUCAGAAGGAAGGCUGCUAAUGGACAGAGAGAUCAUCAAAAGAAAUGUUAGGAAAUCAUCUGGACGUGGAGAAUUACUGAUCUCUCUCUGUUAUCAGUCUACAACAAACACGCUCACUGUGGUUGUUUUAAAAGCCAGGCAUCUACCUCAAUCUGAUGUGUCAGGAUUAUCAG